AUGGGAGUAAUUCCAAUCGACAUCUACAUCAUACUAUCGAAUAACAAAACCACCAUCUCACUUUCACAACUGCAUACCAGACAAGCCCAUUCCUCCAUGAUUAGAAACUGGAUCUGGAAUUUUGCGAGGACGUCAAGGUUCUCACCUCUAGUCCACAAACCUCAAGUCUAUCGAUCUCACCUUACCCAUAUCGCAAGGAUGCCUGUCACGCUAGACGGCCGCUGCGUCUGUAGCAAGCUGAAAUACUCCGCCAAACUCGAUUCCCCGGAUGACGCGAGAACGUCGCUGUGUCAUUGCUCCAGCUGCAAGCGAGCCUUUGGAACCAACUACGGCCUGACUACUAAAGUCCCAUUGGAUGGCUUCUCUUACACACAAGGCGAACCGAAGAAAUUCAAACAAGACAAUGGUGUAAUUCGCGAGUUCUGCGAUAACUGCGGCGCUUUCAUCUGCGAAUACGGCGAGGCUGCGGCUGACAAGUUCCGGUAUAUCAUGUGGGGGACAUUUGACGAGCGGAACAAGGUGCCGCCCAAGGGCGAAUUCUUCUGCUCUCAGAGAGAAGACUGGAUGCCGCCAGUUGAAAAUGUAUUUCACAAACAGGAGAUCAAAGAGUGA